CUACUCUAUUCUAUGAUCACUAUUGUAAUCUGUGGAGGAGAUAAUUUUGUUUUUGUUUAAAAUUUAAAUUGAGCGUAGCCUGCCCAUAUUCUAAUUUAUUGCGGAUUGCGCCUAUUUCUAAAAUAAAUAUUCAUAUUUCAUACAUACCUCUAAAUCACAUCUAAAGUUAUAAGUUUAUUAAAGUUGUAAUUGAUAAAAUUAUUAAACUGUAACAAUAACAUUGUAAUAAUUUUGGAAAAUGACUGAAAUUACUUUGCGAAUUGGUGAAGAAGUUUUUCAAAUAAAGAAAGAGCUUCUAUGUGAAUAUAGUGAUUAUUUUCGCGCUAUGUUCAGUGGGUAUUAUGUAGAGAGCGAUAAACAGGAAAUUAAUAUUGAUAUGCUAGAUCCAUAUGCAAUGAAAAUAAUACUUAAAUACAUGGAAAUGGGAAAUAUUCUUCUUUCUGAAUAUCCACUCACAAUUAUUGAUCAAAUAGCUGUCACAGCUGAUUUUCUACAGAUAAGAGAUCUUACCAAGCAGAUACAACAUGUCUUGGACAUUCAACUGAGUGAGUCGAACUGGUUGGAUACUAUGACAAUAGCUCAGAAAGCAUCAUACACAGAGUUAGAACAACUUUCUGCAGCGUACGGCCUAUAUAAUUUCAAUUCCAUGGAGACAAGAAGUAUUUCAACAAUCCACAUAUUGAUAUGGUACCUUUCCCAUCCAUAUUUAGAUUCUCAAGAUGAAUUGCAAAUUUUUAAAUUUGGCUUGCUUUGGCUUUAUAGGAAUCUUCAAGUAAAGGAUAAUGUGUUAUUAAUUCUUGCUUGUUUAGAUAUGAAAAGGGUUACAAAUAAAACUCUGUUGGACAUAAGAGAUUUUUCUAACAACUACAGUUGUGGCAGUUUAUUUUUAGAAAUUAUAAGCUGUCUCCUCAAUAUAACAAGUAAAGGACUUGACAUAUCAGAAUCAAGUCUGUGUGAGCAUAAAGAAGAAAUAUGUGAAAAGUUUACUGAAAGGGUUUGGUGUGAGGCAUUGAGUAUUGUCAAAGACAGUCGACCUCGCCUUUUGAAAUAUGUCCCUGUGGUGCCAACUCAAAAAAAUAUUUUGGAUGAAAAGAAUAUGUUGCACGUAUUGCAGAAUUUUGUGUGCACAUUAAAUGAAGAUAGACAAUUUGAAAAACUAUUGGAAGUGGCCGACAAGGAAUUCAUGGAUUGGAAAGUGGCUGCAUGGGGACCGACCAAACUGGUAGUACUUUGUGGUUUUAGGCUGAGGUUUGGUAGUGGGAUUGAGUUUAUGCAGGAUGUGAUGGUGUAUGACACUUUGAGAAAUCAAUUGGAGAAGAUUAGUGCACAGUUACCACAAAAAAGAUUUCCUGGUGUCACUAUCGUUGGAGAUCUACUGUAUAUUCUUGGAGGUCUGUGUGAAAAUGGGUUUAUAACAAAUACGACAAUUGUGUACAAUUUAAGAGAAAGAAAAUACAUAAGUAAAGCUAAGUUACCUGAAAUACACGAAUGUCCAGUGGUUUGCACUCAUCAUAAUAGGGUUUAUAUAGCAGGAGGCAGACACGUUUACUGUUAUAUUGCUGGUACUGAUGUCUGGAAGCCGAUUCUGGAUGUACACAACUAUAAUAAACUUGAAUUUAUGAAGUCUUAUAAUGGCUAUAUCUACUGUAUGGCAUACGGUGAUCAGACGUUGUACAGAUUUAAACCUGGUAUAGAAAAAGCGUUACAGUCUGUAACAUCAUUAACUAAUAUGUCGACUGCCAUAUGUGUUAUAAGCAAUAAUAGUCUAAUGGUGUUCACUAAAACAGACGAUGGCAAAUACACAGUAGAAGAGCACAACGAUAGGUUUCCUGAUGAACAGCUAAUAGUACAUCCAGUAGAAUUGAAAAACGAGAAAAUUUAUGAUCCAGCUGGUUCUUGUUCUUUGGUUAUGAGCUUGCCGCCGUUAUGUAAGGAACUUUCACAAUACCACAGACAUGCACUGUCCCGCGACUCGCUUGAUGUCGUCAGUCCACCUGGGUUCGACUCAGACUAAUUAGAUAAAGACCUGCCUCGCAAGACAUUGUUUUUCUGUCAAAGUAUAUGAUCAACGAUCUUAUGCGAUUAUAAACACUGUCUCUAUAGAAUCGAUCUUUCAUAGUUUACAAUCGUGUCCGUCGUUUAAAAACCUUCGUAAAAAUACCUUUUUGUGUACUUGAAUGGUGUAAAAAACGAACAAAAACUGCUAGUUUAGUAUAUGAUAUGUAUGAAAUCUAAGCUCGUUUUCCUUAGAAAAUGGCAGAAAAUUUUGUUCGUGAAUUUGGGUGCGAUACUAGUCCUUAUGUAUUUAGUCUGAGGGGUUCGACGAACACCGCGCUUUCCUGUGGAGGGACUAAUAAGCUAUAGAGACACAAUGAAUAAUGUUAACUAUUUUUAAAUGUUAGCCUUCUGUAUUCUCCGUUGAAAACAAAACAGAACAAUAUUUUCCCCGUUUUGAACACAUUUUUGAUCGGUGCUUUGCUCCUAUUGGUAGUUGAUUGAUAUUAUGUAGCUUUGUUGCCUUCCUCGAUAAAUAGGCUUAUCAACACAAAAAAAAACCAAUUUUAACCAUUAGUUCGUCAGUAGGUAAGGCAGACGUACGAAUUGCCUUUAACAGGUGAGCAAAUGUUGUGUGAUGACGUCACGUACACUAUCGCGACCGUUAGUGGGAGUCGAUAUUUAUGCGAACUUUGAAUGCAUUUAAAUUUAAUCAUAACUAUUUGGUAUUUCUAAAUAAAACAAAAACUAGUGUAUCUGUAUAUAUAACAGCUUUAAUGUAACGAAGUUUCAAAUGAUUUUGCGUACCUAGUAACAUUAUUCAUUGGACAUUUAUGUUAAGCCACUUUCUGUGAGUAUGUGAGCGUAAGAGCCUAAAUAAGUGCACUCAACGACACACAAGCGUACUUAUAAUGAUGCAAGCUGUGUAACUAGUGGUAGUUUUCAAUGUUUUCAUACUGUGACUAUCGCGUUAACGUAAACGCGAAUUUAUAUGGAAUUGAAACAGUUGUGCAGUAUUGCCACCAGAUGGCGCUGUGUUCAAUUCCUUAGAAAAUUUACGCGAUAGUCACAGUAUCAAACUGCCACUAGGCACACUGGAGGAAAUUUCCAUAAAUGUAUGGGAAAUUUUGACUUUUCACUUUACCUUAUAAAUAAAAUAAAUGUAAAUCUUUUUAUAAAAUAAAAUAUUGCUAGAAUAA